AUUGCCUUUGAAGAUUAUUUCAAGUUUUCUUUACAUUUACCAAAAAAUAUAUUAAAAUUCUAUAUUCUAUGAAAAUUCUAUACUUACGUUUAUUUUAAAUUAUUGUUCUGAGAUUUAUGGAAAAUGCCAAAAGUUUACCGAUUAAUCCAAAUGCCCAAUACCUCGCCAACUCGGUCUCGAAUGUUUUGUACAACAUUGAGAAAGUCGAUCAGAGAACUUUAGGGUGGCCAAAGUCCCCAAAGUCUUUAAAGACCGGUCGAACGGUCAGAAAGAAAACAAAAUCAAACACAUCCAUUGAGGUUCCAUUCACUCAUAGACCUUCUCGGUUGAUAAAUAAACAUGGAAGUGAGAAACUCAAAACCGAUCGAUCGUUUGUUAAGAAAAGUAAUUUUUACAAAAUUAUUCGUGACAGCCAGAACCCUUUCUCGGAUAGAAAAAAACGAAAGAAGGAAAGCGAUUACGAUGAAGAAAGUCUCUACAGUGACAUAUCCAGCAUUUUCAAAAGGCAUAAAAAGCUGCAGGAUCGAUCCAAUAAGUCGAAAGAAUCAACGGAUUCGAUAAGCCAACGUCUCGAAAAGGAGAUCUAUACAGGUCGGGUGGAAGGUCCUUAUAAGUCUAAUCUGAAAGUUAAAGAAAAUACACAGAAUAAUCUUAGAAAGACCAGUCAUCCAGUUAAAAUAUAUUCAGUUCGGGUGGAAGAGCCUAAAAAAUCGGAUAUAAAUGUUGCAGAUAAAUCCAAGAAUAAACUUCCAAAAACCAGACUUCCAAUUGGGGAUCCCAAUAAGAGUUCGGCAAAACCCAACUACAUGGAUCUCUAUAAAGUUCGCCAGAAAGUUACAGAGCCCAGCAAAAAGCGCAGCAAGGUUAAAAAACUGAAAAAGAAUAUUGUCGGAAAAAAAGAAAAAAAACACAGAAAAUCGUAUAAUUUGACAGAAACAUUUCGCCCUACUCGCAUGUCGCAGAGAAGACUUACUUUAGGUUCCCAAAUUUCUUUAAAAAGAAUAUCAUCAUCGGUGUGGCCUUUUAUUGGUCCAGUAGGUGCUACACGAUCGGAUGCCACGGUAAUUGCUGGGGACACACUGCCGGUGUAUAUGGCUACAUUGGACGCCCCAAAAUUCGAAAAUACUGCUGGUAUUAUUCGGUUAACCGCGGAAAGAAAUCGACGGCGUUCAUCUAAGCUUAGUCGUUCAUCUAGUUUGGCUUCAACGAACACCGUGGAGGACUACUCCGAAAGGUUAGUAAAACUGAAGCAAUAUUUAAGUAAGAAAAAUGGAGUGAACUUGACAUUUGAAACCACGUCACUGGACGUCGAUGGCAUCAACGAUCGUGACCUCUUACUUUUUCCAUAUCCGGAAAUCUUUUCCAAAGAAAGGACCACAGAAUCUAAGCGAAAAUUGGAUGCUUCGAGCCAUCAUCCCGAAAUCCCAACGCCCAUACGACAGAUACCAUUUAAACAGAAAGCCCCUGAGGCGGAGUCGAAGCCAAAAAAGAAAAUGGAUUCCUGCUCCUUUUGCAAGCUGAUCCAUUCCAAGGAGCCGGAGAAGGAGGCUCCCUUUCUGGAGGAGAUGAGGAAGGAGCAAGCUCGCAAUGAGUUGCUCGCCUAUCGGGCGAAUCUUUCAAAGUACCUGAAGACUCCCGUGAAGGAGAAAUUGAGAGCACAUGCUCUGGACAUACACGACGUUCAAUAUCAAUCGUAUUUCAAGCUGGAAGAUAAGGAAAUUGAUUUUUCUAAGGCAAAGCCCCUUUCCCAGAAGCAUUAUCAAGUCAAUUUGUGCAAAAAAAACAAUCCCAGAACUUUUUUUGCAGAAAUUGAUUUGAAUAGUGCUUUCCAGGCAAAAGGAUAA